AUGGGGUGCGCCGGCUCCAAGCUCGACGAUCUCCAGGCGGUGGCCCUCUGCCGGGAACGCUCCCACUGCCUCGCGGAAGCCAUCCAUCUAAGGUACGCUCUCGCUGACGCUCACGAGGCCUACCUCCGUUCCCUUCGCGGCGUCGGUGACACCCUUCACCACCUCUUCGACCGCUGCGACCUCCUCCCUCCUCCCUCCCCUGUCCUUUCCCUCCCUGCACAGCGAAAGGGUGACCCCAUGCCUCCUUUAUCACCCUCCCCCUCGCCUCCUCCCCCGCCCGCCGUUGCCAUCUCCUCUGCCGUUUCACCCGUCCACCGCCAUUCGCGCUCCCAUUCUGGCUCCCACCUCCACUUCCGCCCCUCUGAUUCAGAAUACUCCGACGAGGAAGACAGACCCCUCCACUCCGGUCAUUCAUCUCCCCUCCACCACCAUCUUCACCACGCGUCCAUGGAUAAUAUGGCCGCCAGCGGGGGCCAUACCACCAACAUUAACUUCGCCACGAAGGGUCCUGCCGCUCCCGCCGUAUCCUACGAGCAGCGGCCUAGGAGCCCCGAGGUCGUUCAGGUAGGUGAACCCUCUUAUUACAACUAUCCUUACGCCGUCUCAAACGACAACUACUACGGCAACUCCUAUCCGCCUUUUGCCCCAUACUCUGGGUAUGGAGGGAUGGGAGGCGGCUUCUUCGGCGCGUACCCUCCCUCGCCGGUCACAGCGUUGUCUCAGCAGGCUGCCACCUCGUCACCUUCGAAGGCGCCGCCCCCGCCUCCCUCGCCACCGAAGGCAUCGACUUGGGAUUUUCUGAACCCAUUUGGGGCAUACGAGAACGACUACCCAUCUUACACGCCGAGCAGAAGCUCGAAGGAGUUGAGGGAUGAGGAGGGUAUCCCUGAUCUGGAAGAAGAGGAGAGUGAAGUUGUCAAAGAAGCUUACGACGACCAGAAGUCUGUAGCUGCCUCUUCCUCUACCGUUAACAAGGAGAUGCACUCCGGUAAUGUUUCCGCUGUGUCGGCCGAGGAUGAGGAUACGAAGGGGAGCACCGAGGAGCAACCGCAUUACCAGACAAGAUCAGGCUGUGCGGGAGAAUAUCCCGGUGGUCCAGAGAAUGAGGUUCAUCUUGUCGACAGAAGCGUGGCUUCAGAUGAAGUCCAGAAGCGAGAGCCAGAUGAAAUUGUCAACCAUAAGGUGAUUCCGCAGUCUCGCGAAGUCUCAGAGGUUGUGCAGGAUAUCAAGGUCCUCUUCGAACGGGCUUCUGAUUCCUGCGACGAGGUUUCCAAGAUGCUGGAAGUGGGGAAGUGCCCAUAUCACCGGAAAAAGUAUGAAGGUGCACUAAAAAUCUAACAUUUCCCUGUUCGAGCAUAAUGCCUGAUAUUCGAGUGAUAAUUGUUUUGGGCUUACAUCAAUGGGCCUUUCUCUUGCAGUGGUAUCGUCAAAGAUGAGAAGUGCAAUCGUGCUUCCCUUAUCGCUAAGCUAUCCGACCCCGUCCAUUUCUAAGGGAAGUGACUCUUCAGCUGCCUCGGGAAAUGGGGAAUCAGUUUAUUUGGAAUUUGACGAGGAUAUGGCAAUGAAAUCAGGGAACGUUUCAUCAACUUUGCUGAAGCUUUUCAUCUGGGAGAGGAAGCUUUAUGAAGAAGUUAGAGUAUGCUACGUUCUUCUCUAUUAUCCCAUCUUAUUUCAUCUUAAUGCUAGAUUGCCAUCCAGGAGAUGGUCGAUAUUCAUGGACAUCUAUCCAAAAUGAUAAGCUUAUGUAGUCUGUUAAUGCACUUCGAGAAUGGGGGUCCAUGAGAUUCCUGGGUGUGGAAAUUCACAGAUACCCAUAACGGUGGGUUUUCCCUGUCGGCUGACUGCCUGACUUCGGACGGGAAUGUACUGCACUUUUCCCCUGGAUUAAAGGACAAGGAAUGAACGAUGAUGAUUCUAGCUCACUCCUUUGUUGUGAAUCCAUAGGAAUGAAACUUUUUCAUCAGAAAGGAGUCAAAUACUUCACAGUGAAGCUCAACACAAUUGAUUUUCUGAUUUUACAGCUGUUUACUCUGCCUUCCCCGCUAAAAUGGACCAUAUGUAUCUCGUCUUUUGGCUUAAACUAGUUUUAGCUCACUCGUCACCGGCAGCAAGAGGGAUAUCAAUACCGGAGUGCUGCUGAAAUUUAAGGUCUGACUGUAGUAUUGUCCAAUUGGUGCAGAUGUGUAAGUCUACCAGGGCUGUCUGCAAGACCAGACCAUCUUUAAUUUGUCUAGUCGACUAUCCCAAAACGUUUUAGCCGAAGCUCGAUUCUAUUGAGCAGUUGGGUGCUGCAUCCAUGUUCUUUAGGGCGAAUUCCUUUGGCCCUGGUGUGGUGCUAAAGAUAGGCAUUUCCUAGGGGGCUGUCUGUUGCUUGGUGGCCUGAACAAACUCGGGGAAUUCCGUUUGGAAAUGUAAAAGUAUAAGUUGUGUUUUGUGGAUCCUUAAUUGGCUUCUUCUGAAUUUUUUUGCCUUGCUUUACUGCCACCGAAAGUAAGCUAAUGAAUUUCCAUCCUCCCUCAGGCAGAGACAUCCACUUAUUGAUUUAUCAUUCGUUUUUCGUCGACAACUGCAGGUCUAUCUGAAAUACGUUAGAAAGCCCACAAAAAUCUGCGUGCCAACUUCAUAGAUAUUUGUUUUCUUUUUCUAGUUGCAUGACUGUAGGAAUCUUUCUUCGUUUUAUCUUCAUGGCUUAUGAUGCGUUUUUCUUCUUUAGGCUGAGGAAAAGCUGCGGGUUCUUUACGAUCAGAAACGCAGGCGACUGAAGCGCUUGGAGGAGCGGUGUGCAGAGGCUCGGAAAGUUGGUCCCACCGAAGUUUUGGUCAGGAAGUUAUCAACAAAAAUUAAAGUAGCAAUUCAGGUUGUUGACUCCAUAUCAAACAGGAUAAGUAAGCUGAGGGAUGAGGAGUUGUGGCCACAGCUUGUGGAACUAAUUCAAGGGUACGUUUUCUCUUGCUUGAAAAAGGCUAACGGCAAUUUCUCCUUAUUCUCUGUGAUGUUCCUAAGUUGUCGAAUCAUAAGCAUUCUGCUUUUGAGGUUGGAUCUACUUUAAACUUGCAUUCUCUGUGAUGAUGACAAGGUUUCUCAUAGAAACCAUUUUUCUUUUGAGUGUGAAUCAAACUUAUGUGCAACUCUGCUUUUCAAGAUUAUAAAUUACAUUGUAGGAGGUGGUAGCCUAAUCAAUUCGAAGAUGUUGAAAUGCUUUCAGAAGUAGAGUUACGCAGGAAUGGUCAAUACCAAAAGGAUAAAUCAGAACUAGUUAAUCUUCGUAAAAAUGGAAGAAAUCAGGUUCUACGGCUGUGAAUAAGAUCAUGAUAAUUCAGAUUUUUUUUUAGAUGGAUUGGUGUUGAUGGCUUUUUAAAGGGAGAAUAUUGAUUUUUAGGUUUUGAUUGCAAUGAAAAUUUGUAAGAAUCGUGUCACAUCUCUCAGGAGGAACCAAUGACUAGGACAUUUCUGCAAAGGCCAAAGUGGCCUAAAUUUACGCCACGAAUAUUUUUUCUUGUCAAAGUAUAUUCUCUCCCAUACUGUUCCGGUGUUCCCUCAUCCAGUCUUGUACUGGGUUACACUACUUAAAGGAGUUUAUUUUUCAAGUGCGUUCUGCAGAUUAAAGCUUGUUUCAUAAUACAGGGAGAGUAUCAAACUAAUUUCAUCAUUUUUUUAUGCGUUUAUUUGAACUGACCUUUCUGCUCAUUUUUCUCUGCAAUAAAAAUUAGCCCAGUUUUGUUGCAUUCUUGCAUUUUGGGCAUGACUUGAUGAUAUGAAAAGUAAAGCCAAAAGGAGAGUGUCUAGUGAGAAUGUAUUGUUGGGAAUGGUGCAUCAUGACUUUCGUCUGCAUGUCUUCCAUUUCAUCGCCAUUCUCAUGGUUCUGAUGCCAUGAAAAUUGCUCCAAUUUAAUCUUGCAUGGAAAGAGGGCGCUAAGUUUGAUCUGACUCCCUUGGUUUCUUUACUUUCCUUUAGAUCAAGAAUAACUGAAUAGCCGUGAUAUGCCUCCAGCAUACAUUUGCUGUCUGAGCACAUUUAUAUGGGAUGCUUUAGAUUCUAUGGUUGAGGAGUUGAUUUUGCCCUCUGUUUUGGAGUUGCCGGUCUCAAAGAUGACAAACCUGCAGCGUACUUGUUGAUAAACCACUAUCACACAAUGCUAUAUUUCAAGUAAGCUUGGGUUAACGAAGCCUGUUUUUAACCAGUCGUGGUACACGCAAUUUGCCGCAUCCUGUAAAGUUCAGUAAGUGACAGUUGUGGUCAGAGGGGAUCUUCUGCAACAUCGUGCUUUACUCACGUUACCUUUCAAAAAGUAUUGUCUCAAGUCAGUGUAUACGUUGCGUGCUGGUCAAAAUAUUUCUAGUCUACAGGCUCUAAGAUGGUGCUUUGAAUUGAGCUCUUAAUACUUUUAGAUUCAGAUGAUCACCACUUUGGCGAUUUCUUGACUCAUGGGGGGACAGAAAUGUUAAAAUCGUGUACCAAAAAAGAAUCAAAAGAAAUGAGGUAGAUAUGCUCAAAAUCCCACACAUCUUAUUGGUGCCUAUGGUGGACUCAAAAUCCCACACAUCUUUGAUUCCUUUAAUUUGAAAACCGUCUUUGUCUUGGUGUUUAAUAUUUCGUUCGGCUGCUAGCUUAGAAUUACAGUUUCCUAUUGCCUAUUUUUACCCUUCUGAUAUCUCAUUUUACACUUUUCCUUUCAGUUAUCUAAGUGCAAUAGACUGACUUUAUAAGAAACAAUACAGCAAUCUUAAAUAUUGCUCGGUCCUCGACUCUCUCCACUUCCAUAUUGGCUUCUUCUGUUGCGCCUGGCUGUUUAAUUUCUGUUCAUGGAGUGACAUGGGCCUCUAUACUUCUGUUUGCUUCUGUUUGUACACCUUUGAUGCCAAAUAAACAUGUAAUCACACGUGCAGGCUUGUGAGAAUGUGGAAAGCCAUGAUGGAGUGCCACAAGAGUCAGUACCAUGCCAUCAUUGAAUCUAAAAACAUGGACGGUAUAGCAUCUAAUGGGAAGCUGAAUGAAGCUCACAUGGAAGUCAUAAAGCAUCUCGAGCUGUCACUACUCAGGUGGAUUGAUGCAUUCUGCUCCUGGUUCCAUGCCCAGAGGAGUUUUGUGAGGGCAUUGAAUGGGUGGCUUUUGAAAUGCCUUCUUUACGAGCCAGAAGUGACACCUGAUGGAGUCGCUCCUUUCUCGCCAGGAAGACUGGGGGCGCCACCUGUUUUCGUCAUCUGUAAUCAGUGGUCACAGGCUAUGGACAACACGUCCGAUGGGGAAGUGGUCGCUGCUAUGCAGGCCUUCGCUGCAAGUGUUCUUCAACUUUGGGACCGGCAGAAGCUCGCUGAGCGCCAGAGAAUGAUGGCCAAUAGAGAUAUGGACAGGAGGCUGAGAUCCCAAGAAAGGGAGGAGCAGAUGAUCCACAAGGCAGUGGAUGCGCUCAACAGGAAGCUAGUCAUGGCCUCGGACCCGAAUGGAGCCCCCAUUUAUGGACAAAUAGUUCAUAAAAAUACUUCUUCUGAAGAAAACAGUCUGAGGGAGGAGCUGAAACGGAUCUUUGACGCCAUGGAAAGGCUCGCAGAAUCUUCUGUAAAAAUCUACGAGGAUCUCUGUGCACGCAACGAAGAAGAGUGGGCAGGGAGAGAGAACCCAAGAGCUUCAUAG